CAUAAGAAGGGGCCAGGAGGUUUAUAGUUAAAGAAUGAUAUCUCAGAUUUGAAGAUGUUAAUCGAUUACUGAUAAGUGGAAUUUCUAGGAGAUGGGGUCUGUAUUGGAUAAACUGCUGGGUGAAGAGGAAGGAGGUGGAGAUGCUGCUGUUAAAAGACAAGCUGAAGGUUUCUCUAAUCCUAUGUAUGGGCUGGCCAAUCUGAUAGGACAGGGACUGCUGGUAGACUUGAGCAAGAAAGCAAUGAUCACAGGAAACUACAAGGAAUUAGAUGAUGCGAUACGAAUGAAAAUUCCUAAAUACCUCUACAACAACGGAAAGGGUAAAUGGAUACAUUGCGCACAUCUGGCUUGUCUCAGGAAUCGGGAUCGAUCCAAGCGAAAACAAUUUCCCGAAAUUUUGGGACUUGGAGAAGAAUCCUUUAGUUUUAAGUUUGAAGACUCCGAGUUACUGCAGCGAAUGAUAGGAGAUGAUACUCCUGAAAAUAGUCCUGAAAAAUAUACACUACAUGCCUGGGAUGUUGAAUGUCGAGGAGCUGUUGGUGAAACAGUUUUUCAUGUUUGUUUUCUCAUGGGAACCCCAGUUCAUCUUCAUCUUGCUAAACGAUUGCUUAAGCAUUACCCUCUUCUUCUGAACGACAUCUAUUUAUCUGAG